AUGAGGAGGAACGCCCUGAAGAACCGUCAGCUGGGAAAGGGAUGGAAGCACCGGCGAUCUCCUAAACGACUCUUGAACAAACCGUCCGGACUCAAGCGCAGCGCUCUGCCGCUGUUAUCCGAAGUGACGCUACGAGAGCUGAAGGUCCGGGUCCGACGUCACACUGUGGACUUCCUGCUGAGCUGCAAGGACCCCAAAAGCAAAGAACGGGCCUUGCUUCUGCAACUCGAGGAGAUCACGUCCAAACGAAAGCCACAGAAGAAGCAAACUCGUGCGUCUGAGGUGCAUCUGAAGCCGUUCGGUCUGAGCUCCUCCGUCAUUCAAAGGAAGAGCGGGAGGCAGUUUCCAAACACGGGCAUUAAGAAUAAGUGUAUAAAAGUGGCAGACAGACGCGCUAUUCAUCUAAGAACUUCUUCAAGGACAAAAAGCAAAGACAGAAAGGUUGUUUCAGACAAAGGCAAGGCUCAUGAGCAAGAAAACAGCAGCUGCAACGCAACCAAACCCAAGGAGAGAGUGAAGCAACCGCUGGAAGGAGUCAAGAAGGAAAGUGCUCCCCUCACCUCUUCCCGUCCUCCAACUGAGAAUAUCAAAAUCCCAGAGAGGCCAGAGGUGGGCAGCGCUGGAAGAAAGCAACGGCACAAAAUGGAGAGACCUCGCAAGUGUGGGCCCGUGCCUGACCCUCCUCCCACCGUGGCCAGCCAAGCCAACACUUGUCUUAGUCACACACUCCAGCAAAUCGACAACAGUCUCUCCCGGCUGUCGGAAGGCCUGUGCUCGUCACAGACUUUGGAGAAAAUAAUUCCACAGCCGCAGCCGCCCUGCACGAGCGCUCCCAGUUCUGUCAUCCAACCUCCGUCGCAGUUUCCGCCGUUCACAACAGCAGACAACAUGCUCUCAGGCGAACCAAACUUCACCAACUGUUGUGAUGAUAUACUGGAUUUUCAAUGUCUCAAUUUUGAAGGUUACUACCAACCCCAAAACAUCCUCCCGUCGUCUCCAUCGGAUCUUUGUUCGUUGGAUCCCCCCACCGAUCCGUUUAGCAGCCCGCUCUCCCAUAGCCCCACAGAGGCGUGGAAUACCGAGACGCCAUAUUUGGGACCGCCGAGCCCAAACAAUAUUUUUAACAUCCAUGAAAAGACCUCUUCCGUGAUUCAAAGGGUGCUAAAGUUCCAAGGGGGCAACACUGCGCACGACUUGUACAGCAGCGCUCAGCCGAGAGAGACGCCCUCUUCCAGCUCUAAAGUCCACUUAAAGUCAAACACUAUGGACAAAAGCCAGCAACAUAAAGUUUCUACGAGCAGCCAUCAUAAAACGAGCAUGUCCCAAGUGUACGCGAACUCCAAAGACCUGUCUUCUCAUAGCUCUUCCAGUCGCUCCAGCUCCCAGUUUGCCAAACCCAGCACCUCCCUCCCAUUGCCCAAAAUGAAACUCCCAACAGAAAAACAAGACAGCUUCGAGGCUAACUUGUACAAAAACUUCUCCGCGUUACCAAGACCCUUUUUCUUCCCAAGCAAAAUGACAGAAAGCUACAUGAUGAAUCAACAAGAGAAAGCGAUGAAGCAGGAAAAGUCUGGCUUGGCAGGUUUGUCAGGUAUGGAUAAGCACCAGCUUGGAUUCGCUCAACAAGACCCCUUCGAUUUCAGCUUUGGUACAACCUUACCGUCGCCAAUGCCACAACACAGCAGCCCGCAAAUUAUUCAGAGCACUCCCCCUGGAACUCCGGUCUCUACAAGCAAAGGCCAGCCAGCGCUGUCGUUCCCGUACGGAUACCAAGCUCUGCCCAACAUCCUGAGCUUCACAGGAGACCAUUCGCUGACUUUAGGUCUCCGAGAUGGACCUGAAGGUUACCCAGGACUUAGUGGUGCGAACUACACCUACCACUGUCUCAUGGAGCCUUCAGGAACCCAAGGGCGGCUGGUUCUGGAGCCGUGUGGGCCGCAGCUCACCAACCCGGCCUCCUUCUCGUUGGGAGGGUUCGCCGGACUCAAGUCGCAGGAGGAUCAUUGCAGGAAGGACUUGCAGCAGCAGUGUCAACCCAACGAGCAGCAGCAAGCUCACGCCUCGCACUACGGGGCAGUCCCAGGGUCGCACUCCAUGGGCUCCAACAAACCCAAACGAGUCCGGCUAGUUGUUACCGAUGGCACCGUCGACCUGGACCUACAGUAUUCAGACUAA